ACUUGACAGCUGUUGGUGUUUCCGGUGUGCGGGCGGGGUUCGGUCACAGCUGAGGAGCUGAAAUGUUUUUAUCCAGCUGAAGAAGAAGAAACGAAAAGAACAAAACAAAGAAAUAAAUCAGAAAGAAAGAUUUCUGCGUUUUUCUUCACUUCCGGCAGAGAAUCCUGCAGGACAGUCAGGAUGUGAGCGGAGCAACGGCAACGACAACUGCUGAGCUGAAGACACGACCACACCGAGCAACACGGAGGUUAAAGGUGACUUUAACCUCUGCAGGCCGAUCACUUUGGAUUCGAUUUAUUUCAGCUCGCACGAACUGGAUCCAGGCUGUUAAUCCCUGAAGACUGAUCAGGAUUCACUGACCGGAGAUCAGAUCAGGGAGGAGGUGGAGUCCAAAACGUGGAGUCCUGUUUGUUUGUUAAAAAAUUGCGACAGAAGACGUUCAGCUGCAGACAAACAUGGCUCUGUUCUUCUCCGGAGCUGUUACAAGUUCGCCAGUUAAACGAAGGCUGCGGGCCAAUCACGGCUGUCAGAGCCUCGACGUGUCCCUCCUGUCCCCUGACUCCUCGUACGUCUGUUACUCGUCUGUGGACGGCGGUGAUCCGUGCUCCUGCCGCCGCUCGCCGCGCCUCCUCACCAACGGAUACUACAGCGUCACAGAGGACAGCUUCUCCUGGGACGACGACGGCAACGUGUCGCUGACUCCCUGCAAGACCAACGUGUCCUACAAGGAGAACCUGGUCAGGGUUUUCCGGCGCAGGCGGCGACCUCGCAGCUCUCUGGUCCGCCUGCUGAGCGACGUGACGGAGAGCUGUCAGUCCUGGCUGGACGAGAAAGUCUUCAGAGGCAUGUUUGGGACAGGACAGACCCAAAACCAGAAUCUGGACCAAGACCAGGACCAAGAAAUGGACCAGGACAUGAGCAAGAUCGACCAGGAGGGCCCGACCACGCUGGACGAGUCACGCUGGUCUGGAUUCAACAGCACCGAGCUGGACGACAGCCGAGGCUUCACUUACGAUCACACCGAGAUCCCGCCCCCUCCUGACAAAGUGGCCCCGCCCCCGAAGCUGCUCAUCCAGGAGGAGAUUUGUUCUGAGAUCUGUCAAUCAAAGGAGCGGUUCACCCAGUCGCUGGGUGGCCUCUCUGAAGUCCCGCCUCCCUCACCUCUCUACACCAACAGCUGCUGCCAGGCGUCACCUGAGCGCACAGGGUUAACGAUGAAGACUCUUCUCCUUUUCAUCUUCACCGUCUUCAUCUUCACUGCUCUGUGCUCAGGGUGUCUGCUGUGGAGCGCGACCGUCACAUCGACCGUGUUCGCGAUGAUCGCGACAUUCAUGAUCAUGACAAAGUCGGGUCCGAUGGGCGAGUGGAGGAAGGCAAAGACGGAGGAUAUCACAUCAAGAAAUGAGUAAAAGCGGCGGGAGACUGGAAAAGCUACGGGGAAAAAGGUGUGAUGGGACUCAGUAGAAAUAUUUAACAUUUCACUGUCAGCUGUUUGCAUGUAAGUCGCACUUAAAGGACCAAUUUAGAGUGAGCUCCAGACGCUGCACAGAAACACCAUCGAUCAGGACGGCUGCAGUUUAAAACUGAAUUAAAGUCCAAAUAAAGCUGCACGUCCUCAAACAAAGCUUUGUAUUUCAUCCUGACGGGUCAGUUUCACACAGUUUUUCCAUGUUUGGAACGUCAGACUGACUCUGUGUCAUGUUUCCUCUGUUAAAUGUUGGAACCAUGAUGCUUCAAAUCGACGUCAUGUCUGGACUUUCCCGACGUUUAAAAGCUGAAUGUGUGUUUCUGUUGAAAAGCUGAAGGAGCUCAUAAAUAUGGGACAUGAGUUACUGUAGUUUAGCAGCUAUACAACAUAAAAAAGUAUCUUUCAAUAUAAAAUGUACCUGAUGUAUUUUUCAGUGUAUCUUUUUGUUGUUAUGGUGGAACUUGGCUUUUUUGGGCUGUCCAAAGUGACCAAACCGUCCAAACUUCAGGACAAAUUCAGGUCCAACAGCAAGAAAAGAAUAAGCGCUGUGACAAACCAAACUUCUUCUCAUCUAUCUGCAAGUUUGAACCACAGGAAACUGACUGAAGAGUUUUAUUUCAAAAUAAAAUCAAUUAAAAAAAGCACAAAAAUAUGAAAUAUGUUUUUUGGCACUUUAAAGCUGCACCAGCUCAGAGUUUAUUGUGAAAAUCUGAAUUCUGGUUUUCUGUAUUAGUGAAUCAGAUAAUCAGAUACCUCAUUUAAACUCCCAGUCGUUGUGACAUUGUACAGCUUUAAGAAGAAUCUUCAGUAUUACAUUAAAUAAUUAUUAAAUGAUCGUUUUGUGGUAAAACUCUUCAGCUGUUAAGUGCCUUCAUAUCGGCCAGCAGGGCAGAAAUAAAAGAAUAAAACAGGGAAGUUUAAAAUGCUGCUGAAACAUUCAACAGACCUGCUCCACUUUUUAAACAGACAUACGGAGUGUUUGAUUUCACCCGUGGCGUGUCACAGACGGGUGGAGUCUUCCCAGAAUAAAACUCGUAUUUUUGAAAGUUUGGCUGCGUUCAAGCUAAAUCACUGUGAGGAAAAACAUGAAGCUCUCUGAGUUUUCAUGCCACUUUACAUGCGCCAGCGGCAAUUUUAAAGGUCACGUAUGAACGCGGCAACAAAACUAAAACAACUAUGUACAACUCCUGUGUGAGUCAGGUCUGUCUCUGUGUGAAGGUUCAGACUUCUUCACACACGUCAUAUAUAAGCAAUAACUCAAGUAUGAGCUGAGUCGAGUUUUAAAAGCUCAACCGUGUUCAGGGAGAAAAUCUUUCAUUGACUAUUAUCUACUAUCCCCAUACUGAUUAUUCUGACAUAUUCCAGGAAGUUCAGCGUGCUGCUCCUCCCUCAGUUUUGGUUGCACAUACACAAAAAAUUUAUCAAAACGACCGUCUCAGCCGGGAAUGGUGAGCUGUGACUUUUCUAAACAUUUUGCCAAACGGUUUUCCCAAAAAUCACCAAAAACCACGCCAAAGUUUACAAUGGGUGUGUAUUGGUAGAAUGUUCCAGAGCUAGAGUGGAGAGGGAGAGAAACAUUUGUCAAAAAAUACAUUCGUAAACGGCUCUCG